GUGAAGUCUCGCGGAGCAAAACACCGGCCAUCUUUCUCCAUGUACAGCAGGGCACUUUGUCCUCGGGUACGAGAACCGUGUUGCGAUCACUUUGAUCACUUUUAGGCAAGUUUAAUUUUACUAUCCAAGUAUCACAACGUACUUCCAACGGGACACGCACGAUGCCUGCGUUUCCCGCGGUGAAGUGUAGUCGCUGACACCCUCGUCCGGAUAGAUAUUUGUCCAAGCUGCCGCACGAAUGGAAAUGGUGCCUAACGAAGAGAACCAGUUCGUACCAAAAGAGGGUGUGUUUUGGAGUUGCAGACAAAGUCUUUUUGAUGAGAUCAAGAGGAUUUCUCAGAUCCAAAAUGCAGCUGAGGAGCCGAGAGUGCUGUGUAUCAUACAGGACAUCACCAGUGCAAAGAUGAUCAAUGAGAGGCUGACCCUCAACCUGCCUGCUUCCACCACCCUCUCCAAACUCUAUGACGAUGUUGCCCACAAAGCGCGAUAUGUGAAAGCCACUUUCGACCUUGCUUGGGGAAAUACACCGGACAUGGCACCACUGGACCGCAGCAGUACGAUGUCACUCUCAGAUUCUAGUUUUGAGCCUGGUGGUAAGAAGAAUUUCCUCCAGCUCACAGACAAAGAUGGCGAGCAGCCCCAGAUUGCAUCGGAUGAGUCUGGAACAGCAGACAGCAGUGGACUAGAUGACAGUUCCCAGGAGCGGUUUAUUGGUCCCCUGGCUAGAGACAGCACUGUAGGCUGCAGUAGUGACUACAGCAGUCCAUCGUACUCCUACUCGUCCAUCCUCAACAAAUCUGAAACUGGUUAUGUUGGCUUGAUCAACCAAGCUAUGACCUGCUAUUUGAACAGUCUUCUACAAACGCUGUUCAUGACCCCGGAGUUCAGAAAUGCACUUUACAACUGGGAGUUUGAGGAGACUGAAGAGGAUCCAGUCACCAGUAUACCACACCAGUUGCAAAGGCUGUUUGUUCUGCUGCAGACUACUAAGAAACGGGCAAUCGAGACCACGGAUGUGACGCGGAGCUUCGGCUGGGACAGCAGCGAGGCGUGGCAGCAGCAUGAUGUCCAGGAGCUGUGCAGGGUCAUGUUUGAUGCCCUGGAGCAAAAGUGGAAGCAGACGAAGCAGGCUGACCUGAUCAACCAGCUGUACCAGGGGAAGCUGAAGGAUUAUGUCUGUUGUCUGGAGUGUGGCUAUCAGAGCUGGAGGGUUGAUACUUACCUGGACAUUCCGCUUGUGAUCAGACCCUUCGGAGCCAGUCAGGCCUAUGGCAGUGUGGAAGAGGCGUUGCAUGCAUUCAUCCAACCAGAAACUCUAGAUGGGCCCAACCAGUACUCCUGUGAACGCUGCAAUAAGAAAUGUGACGCCCGAAAGGGCCUGAGGUUUCUGCACUUCCCCUACCUGCUGACACUACAGCUGAAGCGGUUUGAUUUUGACUACACCACGAUGCAUCGCAUCAAGCUUAAUGACCGCAUGACCUUCCCUGACGAGCUUGACAUGAGUCCAUUCAUCGAUGUGGAAGAUGAGAAAUCUCCUCAGACGGAGAGCUGCACUGACAGCGGAGCAGAGAAUGAAGGCAGUUGCCACAGCGACCAGAUGAGCAACGAUUUCUCCACCGAUGAUUGUAUGGAUGAAGGCAUCUGCUUGGACAGCACCGGCAGCACGGAGAGGGUGUUGAAGCCAAAGAGCUUGCCAACCUUUGAGCUGUUCUCCGUCAUGGUGCAUUCUGGGAGCGCUGCAGGCGGUCACUACUACGCCUGCAUCAAAUCCUUCAGUGAUGGCCAGUGGUACAGCUUCAACGAUCAGCACGUUAGCAAGAUCACCCAAGAAGAUAUCAGGAAGACAUACGGGGGGUCCUCGGGGAGCAGAGGCUAUUAUUCCAGUGCCUUUGCAAGCUCUACAAAUGCAUAUAUGCUGAUUUAUAGAUUGAAGGAUCCCUCAAAGAAUGCAAAGUAUUUAGCUGCAGAAGACUUCCCAGAGCACAUAAAGAGUUUGGUUCUGAAGGAGAAGGAGUCCGAAGAGCAGGAAAAGCGACAGCGGGAAAUUGAGCGCAACACUUGCAAGAUAAAGCUUUUCUGCGUGCAUCCUGUUAAGAUGAUGACAGAGAGCAAGCUGGAAGUGCACAAGGACAAAACUCUUAAAGAAGCAACAGAAAUGGCCUACAAGAUGAUGGAGCUGGACGGAGUGGUGUCUCUGGACUGCUGCCGCUUGGUCAAGUACGACGAGUUCCACGAGUACCUGGAACGCUCCUAUGAAGGUGAGGAGGACACACCGAUGGGCCUGCUGCUCGGAGGAGUCAAGUCCUCGUAUAUGUUCGACCUCCUGCUCGAGACCCGCAAACCAGAGCAAGUGUUCCAGCCUUACAAACCUGGAGAGGUGAUGGUGAAGGUUCAUGUCGUGGAUCUGAAGAGCGAGGCCAUCGCCACUCCCAUCAGUGUUCGGGCGUACUUGAACCAGACGAUCACUGAAUUCAAACAGCUUAUUGCACAGGCGGCAGGCCUUUCUGCAGAAACCAUGCGCGUCGUGCUAGAGCGCUGCUAUAAUGACCUCCGGCUCCUGUAUGUUCCCAACAAGACGCUGAAAGCUGAGGGCUUCUUCAGGAGUAACAAGGUUUUCGUAGAGAGCUCCGAGUCGACGGAUCAUCAGGUUGAUUUCACUGAGUCACUCUUGUGGAAACUGUUGGAUCGUCACGGGAAUACGAUCCGGCUCUUGGUCUUACUCCCCGAGCAGUCUCCUGGUACCUUGGCCAACAGGACUCUUUGCCAAAAAGUAGGAGGUGACUCCGAUGUGCCCGCUGAGGGAUCAAAGAGUAACAGGAAAUCUGUCGAGGUCAUCGAAGAGUGCACAGACAAGUUAAAGAAUCUGUCUCUGCAGCAGCAGGACUGCAGCACGGGUGACAGCCAGAAAAGCUCUGACGCCAGCGACUUUGAACACAUCGAAUCCCCGACCCGAGAGGCCGACUCAAACGCUUCGCUCACUGUGGCUGCAGACAACCGAGAAUUAGAGAACCGGAUCAGGACCACCGCGGCGGGCAGCAGCGGCCCCUCCUCUGACCCCGAGAACCACGUUGCCGGCGAGGAGCGCUCAGACUCUGAGGUGAACAAUGACCGCAGCACCAGCUCAGUGGACAGCGACAUCCUGAGCUCCAGCCACAGCAGUGACACACUGUGCAAUGCCGACAGCGGGCCCAUCCAGCUGGCCAACGGCUUGGACUCGCACAGCAUCACAAGUAGCCGGCGCUCCAAAGCCCACGAGGGCAAAAAAGAGACCUGGGAUACUGCUGAGGAAGACUCUGGUACAGACAGCGAGUAUGAUGACAAUGGGAAGAGCAAGGCAGAGGCACAGUACCUGUACUUCAGAGCAGAACCUUGUUCUCAAGAUGACUCCUCAUCGGAUGCACAAAAAUGCUUAGUGGUUCAUGUGGACAAGAGAAUAACGUUGGCGGCAUUUAAACUGAACCUGGAGCCGUACGUGGGCGUCGCCACCACCCAGUUCAAGGUGUUUCGUGUGUACGCCAACAACCAGGAGUUCGAGAGCGUACGGCUCAAUGAAACGCUCUCGUCAUUCUCCGAUGAUAACAAGAUAACUAUUCGAUUAGGAAGAGCGCUGAAAAAGGGUGAAUACAGAGUCAAAGUGUAUCAACUACUCGUGAAUGAACCCGAGCCCUGCAAGUUCCUCGUGGACACGGUGUUCGCCAAGGGCAUGACGGUCAGACAGUCGAAAGAGGAGCUGCUCCCGCAGUUGAAAGAGCAGUGCAAGCUUGACCUCAGCAUUGACAGUGUUCGUCUCAGGAAAAAGACGUGGAAGAACCCCGGCACGGUGUUUCUGGACUAUCAUGUCUAUGAAGAAGACAUCAGCAUCUCCUCCAACUGGGAGGUUUUCCUGGAAGUUCUCAAUGAACCGGAGAAGAUGAAGUCCAUGUCGCAGCUGGCCAUCCUGACCCGGAGAUGGAGCCCCACUACAAUGAAGCUGGGGCCCUUCCAGGAAGUCAUUCUGGAGAGCAGCAACGUCGAAGAACUCAAGGAGAAGCUCAGUGAAAUGAGCAAUAUCCCGCUCGAAAACCUGGAGUUUGCAAAGGGUCGGGGAACAUUUCCGUGUGAUAUUUCUGUGUUGGAGAUCCAUCAGGAUCUGGACUGGAACCCUAAGGUGUCGACUCUUAACGUGUGGCCUCUGUACAUCUGUGACGACGGCGCCGUGGUAUUCUACAGGGCCAGCACAGAGGAACCGAAGGAGCUGUCCGACGAGGAGCGCGGCGAGCUGAUGAAGAGGGAGAGCAGCCGCCUGCUGAAGACUGGACACCGUGUCAGCUACUCGCCGCGCAAGGAGAAGGCCCUCAAGAUCUACCUGGACGGAGGCCCUGCCAAGGACUCGGGGCAGGACUGAGGCGCUGGGCACCGCUCCUCGCGCUCUGGAUCGUGCGGCUGCUGCAGCGGAGCAACCGGGCGGCGCGACUCGGUCCGGGCGUCGGGCCUGACGGUGACUUGAACAUCAAGCAGCGGUGUGAUGCUGACGGGCUCUCAUCGCCCACUCUGAACCCCCAGGACUGGCUGAGAAACCCUAUUGUGCACUAUAGUGUAUUGUACUGUACAGUUUAAAGGGAAGUACAAUCGCUAUUGAAAACAGUCAAAAGAAUCUAAAUCUGUAUAGACGAAUCAAUUGAACGUAAAAGCUCCAGAAAUGGGUGCAGCGAUAUUAGGACUGUGAAACUGGGCGAUAAAGCAUCCAUCCCGUCUCUUGCAGUCUGCCGUCUCCUUUCACGUCGGUCCCUUUUACUCUCUCUGCAUUUCUCAUCCUGUUUCAGGAAUAGUGUUUAUUCUGACUUGUAAUGUCAUGUAGGUCCAUAUGCUCACACUCCAUGAGCACCGCUCUACUAUAGACAUAAUUCUUAUCAUACGUUGCUUACCUUCCUUUAAAAUACUUUAAAACCAACAGCACACAACCAAUAACUUCUUCUCCAGCCUUCCUCUGUUUCGCCUCUCCUGGUGAGGCAGACCUCUGUCUCUCAGUGACUCUGACAACUUCACUCACAAGAUUUGAUUCUUCCGAAAAGCAACAAUUAUGAACUUUCUGCUCUAUUCGCCAGAGUAAUGUUCUGAUAUGAGUUGUCCUUACUGCUGCUCUUUGUGCUUUAUAGGAGCUUCACUUUUUGUUGCAUCACUUCCACUAGAUUUAAUGAUGCAUGGCUAUUGGUCCUGUAACACAAAGUACAAUGAAACGAAACCAAGUAGACAUGUAAAGAAUAUCCUUGUUUUGUUUUUUGUAGAUUGUCAUUUUGCUCCAGCCGUAACAAUUCAGUCGGGUCUUGUGAGGCACCAGGCAAACAUCUGCUGUCAGUGUUAAUUUUUAAUUUAGAAAGUGGACUUUUUUAUUCUGUCUGUUCUUUUUUUUGCACCAUGUGAACUCGGGGUACAUCUCGUGUGUGUGUGUGCGCGUGUUUGCGUUUGUGUGUGGUGUUGUGCUGAGGGAGGUUGUUUUUGGCGCAUCUCCCUGCUGCUGCUUGACUGACACCAGAGGGGGUAGACGGCCCGAUGGACUCGUCUGUCGCCCGGGCAACUGGUUUAAAGACCGAGUCUCAGCAUCCCGGCCCCUCUGGGAUCCUGAUGCUGCCACCAGCUAUUCACUGUAGAAAUGCCAUGAUCUUUUUUUCUUCUUCUUCUUCUUCUUUUUGUUGUUUAUUUCUUUAAAAUAUAUAUCAUGUGUGAAAAUAGUAAAAGACAAUUUUAGAAAUUAAUUAAAUUGCAUUUUUUUUUCUUCCCAUAACUGCAGUUUUCUGUCACUGUACAUUAAAAUGGCUUAAAUUUAACUCACAAAUCUUA